AUGCGCGAACCGAUGGUCGAUGCACCGGGACUCAGUGGUGGAAGGGGCAUGUUCAAGAGGUUGAUUGUUGCAUGUGACGGAACCUGGCUAAACUCAGAUGAUGGAACCAAGAACGGGACUCUUUCCAUCCCAAGUAACAUCACUCGGAUAUCAAGAGCCAUCAAGGCGGUCAGCCAGGAUGGCAUCCAGCAAAUUGUGAACUAUCACCAGGGAAUUGGGACCGAAGGUGGAAAACUCUCUCGCUUAGUUGGGGGCGCCACAGGCAAAGGCCUCAGCGAGGAUGUUCGAGAAGCCUACUCAUUCCUUGCCAACAACUAUCACCCAGGAGACGAGAUUUUCUUGCUAGGGUUCUCAAGAGGCGCGUUUACUGCGCGUAGUAUCGCAGGCUUGAUCGGAGAGAUUGGGCUUCUCACAAAGAAGGGCUUGAAUACCCUACCAGAAGUGUACGAAGAUGUUCAAAACCGGCGGAACCCCGACUAUCGCCCAAAACAUGAGGACGUACCAUUUCCCCGGAAACCAAGCGCAGAUGACCCACGAUACGCAGAAGAACUAGAGCGCAGAGGACUGACCAGACUCGACAUUCCUAUCAAAUGCAUAGCGGUGUGGGACACGGUUGGCAGUCUUGGCAUACCCCGGAUUGGCAAGCUGCAACGCCUGGGGCUGCAAAUGAAGCAGUCAAAGGCAACAACUUUCUAUGACACCAAGCUCUCCAACUGCAUCGAAAAUGCAUUUCAAGCGCUUGCCCUGGAUGAGAAUCGGUCAUCGUUUUCCCCUGCUGUCUGGGAAAAGCCCGAGGGCAACCGUACGACCCUCCGCCAAGUAUGGUUCCCUGGUGCGCAUGCCAAUGUAGGCGGUGGUUACGAUGACAUGCAAAUCGCGAAUAUUAGUCUUGCGUGGAUGAUGAGUCAACUCGAGCCAUUCCUGGAUUUACGGUCUGAAUAUCUUUUCGAACAAGACGAUCUGAAUGAGAAGUAUUACAAAAAGGAGGAAGGCGCCAUCAGACCGUGGAGUUUUGGCAAAAUCUAUAAUGAGCUGAAGGGUGCCUUUGCGUUGGGUGGCAGUACUGCACGCAGACCAGGUCAAUACACGUCAGUAGAUCCCUUCUCAGGCCGGGCAACAGACCGCCCCCUCCGCCAAACAAACGAAUACAUCCACCCCUCAGUACGCACACGUUACCGUCUCGAAGGCCCCGGGAUCCAAGACCGCGGUCUCUACGAAGCCCGCGCUCUAACAGACAGCUACAAACUCGUUGUCGACUACGGCACCAACAACUCGCGAGCCGGCGACGCCGAAGUCUACUGGAAAAUCAAAUGGAGAGACACCAUGGCUGUUAAAGUGCUUCCCGAAGCCCCAUUAUGGCGCCUAGAACGUGAACUCGCCAAACGCGAUCCAGCCACAUACGACUACAUCAAGAAACCCCCCGCAACGACUUCAACGCGGAGUAAACGCAGGACUGCACGGCCCCUAUCAGCGGAUUUCUCGGCUAGUAAAGUUGGGGGUGGACUUGCUAGUCCUACGUCAACGAGGAAGACGAGGAGGGAUACGUUUUCUCCUAGAUCGACGUUUCCAGCGGAGGAUCGGGGGCCCCCACCGAGACGAAGCAAUACCAAGGUUGAGCGGCCGAGGAGUAGGAGUCGGGCGAGGAGUGUGGAGUUUGCUAGUGAUCGGGAGACGGAUAUUAGGGAGAGUAUGCCCCACCGGAGAGAGAAGGAUAAGGCGUGGUGGGAAGGGAGGCGGUAG